CUCUCCCACAGCUCGACGUCCUCUUCCCUUUGCGCCUGGUUCCUUUGCAAAACUCCUGGGGUAAUUGUCCGUUUGGGCGGUCACUAAUAUACUAGGCCCUGGCGUGCGUCCUUGAAAUAUGCUAUUUCGUAUCCCUUGGCGGUGAUUGUUUCAUCUGACGAUCGGUUUCUUACUCGCGAACAAUGGCCUCCGCGGGGCCGUCUGGCGGCUCUGUGACUGAACUUGCCUCCAGACUGUAUGAGGCAUGUAUCAGCAAGUUCUCUGUCGACCAUCUCUUCUAUCAACAAGAUCUUUUGGGUCUAGAUAUUGUGCCCAAGAACGAUCUCCCACUUCUCCUCCAAUGUACUCAGUCACUCGUCGACCAGAAACUCUUCCGACUACUUCAGGCUAAAAAUGACCGACUGGCCUGGAAAAUUAUUCCCCGAGAGGAUGCUGAAAAACUCCAGAACCUCAGCCCCGACGAAAGUUUGGUCUACAAUGUCAUCCAUUCGACAGGACGAUCGGGUAUCUGGGUGCGAGCAAUCCAGAGCCGCACCAAUUUACACAAAUCCAUUCUAGACCGCUGCCUCAAGUCCCUCGAGGGAAAGAACUACAUCAAAAGCGUCCACAAUGUCAAGUUCCCCACCCGAAAGAUGUACAUGCUGGCGGGUCUUGCACCAAGUGAAGACGUAACUGGUGGAGCUUGGUUCACAGAUGGCGUCCUAGACGAGAACUUCAUCAAUGUCGUAUCCGGGUUUAUCGAGUACACCGUCAGUCGCAAAAGCUGGUACGAAGCCCCGGCCGAUAGAUCUCGAAGCAAGCGUCUCAAAACCGAGGACGGCGGUGUGGCCGUGAAUAGAGAACCUGGCCAAAAGAGCUACCUCCCUUACCCGGCCGGCUACCAGGGCUACCCUACUAUCGCGGCAUUAACCACAGCCGUUAAUCAGAGUGGCAUCACCCCGGUCCGCCUGGGCGAAGAAAGUAUCACUCAGCUUCUCGAGAUGCUCUGCUACGACAACAAACUCGUAGCCCUGAACAAUGGAGAAGUCUACAAGUCCGUGAAGAACCCUGAACAGGUGAAAGCGCGACAGGCCCGCAAACCGGGAGACGAAAACUCUCCUGUCGACGGCGAGACAGGGAAAAACGGCAUGACCGAGAUGCCCUGUGGCCAAUGUCCGGUUUUCAACCUCUGUGCGCCCGGUGGUGCAGUCAGUCCUGAGAACUGCGAGUAUUUCGAGAGCUGGCUGAAUGACAAGAGUGCGCUUUCUUUCUAAAUCUUUAUUUUUCUUUUCUUUUCUUUUCUUUGCCCUUCUUUUAUUUUGCAUUUUGGAUUUCUUUUUGAUGUUUCUUUUGCUUAUGCAUAGCGAUGGCGUUGCAUGUCCUGCAUUGGUCCCGGGCCAUGGUUGAGUUCAAUAUGGACCUUAUUUAAGGGCGGAUUUAAAAUGUACGCUGGGAUAUGGAAAAAUGAGAAAAGGGGGUUGACAUGUUGCUAUAUAUUUUCUUUGUAUACUAUAUAGAGAGAGAGACGGGGGAAUAUCAAUUUACUUC